GAUUUUCCCUUUUCUGGCCUUGAAACCCUAAAACUCUAUUCUCUCUUCAUUCUUGCGUUAACAACUUAACAUUCAUCACUCGUGAGGAAGAAUCCUCGAUUAAGAAGAGUAGCUGGAGGGGUCCUGCGUUUUCUGCUCGCCGCCUCCUCCGCUGCGUUCGUCUUCCGUCGCUGCUCAGAAUCAGAAAGAGGGAGUUUUUGCGUCGCUGAUAGGAGUUUCAGCUCACUGAAGCAUUGAAGGGUUAAUUGCAAUCGGAGAGAGAUGUUUUCCGGUCUGAAAUUCAUACCCAGGGACCAAAUUGACGAAUUGAGUCGUUUGAUGCAGGCCCGAGAUGAAGAUGUAAGCAAAUCCUCGAAGAGGAGAAAGAAGGACGGCAAAAGGGAGAAGAAGGGGAAGAGGAGCUCGCGGUCGAAGAAUAGUUCCGACGAUGAUGAUUUGGAGAGAAUUAAAGAAGGGUCGAGGAGGAAAAAGAAGUGGUAUUCCUCCGACGAGUAUUCGUCCUCGUCGGCGUCUGAAGAUGACGGGGAUCGGAAACGAAGAGCCAGGAGUAAAAAGCGGGAUAAAGGAUCCAGAAAAGAGGAUUCUUCACCUGAAGGUGGUAGAGAAUCUGACUCCAUGAAUGAUAUGGAGAUUACUAGGAAGGAAAUGGGAUUGGAUUGGAUGCUUAAACCUGCCGAGAGUGCGGACAAAAGGCCUGCUGCCAUGGUCGAUGAGCAGCCAGAGGAGCCUGCUGAGGAGGUGAAAAGGGCGAAUCCCAGAGAACUAAAUCCCUAUCUGAAGGAUGACGGAAGUGGUUAUCCUGAUGAGGCAGAGGAAAAACGUAGUGGAGAUCGGCUCCCGUCUUCUGCAGUUGUUGGAGAUGGAGGCGCAAGUUGGAGGCUCAAAGCCUUAAAGCGUGCACAAGAGCAAGCAGCUAGAGAAGGGCGAAAGCUUGAUGAGGUUGUGAAAGAAAGGUGGGACUCUCUUGGUCAAUUAGCUGUAUCUGCUGCAUCUCACAGGGCAGCCCCAUCUCGGGCUCAUUUACAUGCCAUUAAAAGUAGACAGGCAAGGCAGACAGAGGAUCAACAACCUGCCUCGGAUGGUAAAAGUAAGAGAGAUAUUAACAAGAGUAAUGAUCGAAGCUACUUGAAGGAUGUUUCUUUCCGGAGUGAAAUGAGAGCCCCUAAGGUGCAUGAGAGCUUAUCCUGGGGAAAGCAGAAAAAGAAGAAGUUGUCUACUAAUGAUGCAAACCUUAUAUCCAGUGCAGCAUCUUGCUUGAACAAGUUCUCUAAUGAUGGAAGCUUUAUGAACCAACUACUUGGUCCAAAUGAUGAUUUGGAUGGUUCAAAACCAAAACAAGAGGCUGAGUUUAAAGUAGAUUCAUCUGACAGUAGUCAACCAUCUGAAGGUAGUCUAGUGAUUAAGGAAGGAAUGACUGCAAAUCAGUUGGCAGCUAAGGCUCUGCAGUUUCGUCUGAAGGGCAAGCAUGAAGAAGCUGAUAAGCUAAUGAAAGAGUCGGAGAAGUUGAAGGAGAAGCAGAGCGGUGGAGGACAUAUAAUUCAACAGCCUCGAAUCGCAGCAAGCACUGUCAGAUAUGCUGGACAACACACUCGAAAGAAGGACGAUGACAAUGCUGAUAGGAAUCUAGCUCGAACAAUAAUGCAGAACAAACAAUAUAGUUUAUCAGGUCGCGCAGAUGACGAGUAUGAUUAUCCUGGGGAUGGUCCAAGUAAGAAACCCCGAAAGAAGGAGAUGGACAAAAACGAUCGCUUGAAGUCCUCGGAGAACAACAAUCUUGCUUCUAGGCGCAUCCUGACACAACAAGAACGAUGCCUCUUUUGCUUUGAGAAUCCUAAUAGACCAAAACAUCUAGUCGUGUCAAUUGCAAACUUCACUUAUUUGACGUUGCCUCAACAGAAACCACUUGUUCCUGGCCAUUGUUGCAUCCUACCGUUGCAGCACGAGGCAGCUACACGGAACGUGGAAGAUAGCGUGUGGGAGGAGAUCCGUAACUUCAAGAAAUGCCUGAUACGGAUGUUCGCAAAACAGGACAAGGAGGUGGUUUUUCUUGAAACGGUGAUAGGCUUGGCGCAACAACGCCGGCAUUGCUUACUUGAGUGCAUCCCUCUGCCUCAAGAUAUUGCAAAAGAGGCCCCUCUUUAUUUCAAAAAGGCAAUUGACGAGGCUGAGGACGAGUGGAGCCAGCACAAUGCAAAGAAGCUGAUCGACACGAGCGUGAAGGGGCUUCGAGGUUCAAUCCCCAAGGACUUCCCUUACUUCCAUGUUGAAUUCGGACUGGACAAAGGGUUCGUCCACGUGAUCGAUGACGAGUCCCAGUUCAACAGCAGCCUUGGCCUGAAUGUUAUCAGAGGCAUGAUGGAGCUGCCCGAGGAAGAUAUGUACAGCCGCAGGAGGAGACACGGAACAGUCGAAGGGCAGAAGCUCGCGGUUGCUGAGUUUGUGCGGGAUUGGGAACCUUUCGACUGGACCAAACAGCUUCACUGAAGCCUGCACCCCCUAUAGAAGAUAGUUUUGUCAGGGACAGAGACUGUAGCAGUGUAUUUGCUCCUUCCAAAUUGUUCAAUGUUUGUUGUAUACCAGGUUGUAUUUGUACAUAGAUGGAUUUACGAGUCGCCGCUAGUUGAGUACUAGCUUCAUGAAUGGAUUUUUCGAUCUCUUACAGAGGGUCUCGAAUCUCGAUCUCGAGUUCUACCCAAAAUGUUAGUCCCUGAGGACGAAGCCUCGACCACCAUCUUCUAACAA